GAAAUGCUUUUCAGAAUAUUAUUGCAUUCCCAGUUUGUUAGUGUACUAGUUUUUUCUCUUAUGAGACUUGUACAAACUUAAGUAUUGUGAUAUAGAUAUGAUUGAGAGAGCAUGAGCUGAUUUCCUUAACUCUCGUAUUUUUGGAGUGCAAUUCCCUUUCCUUGAAAUGAAAAGUUUAUGCUUUAAUAUUUGAUUCUAGCUAGUUAGUUUUAAUAAAUUAGGUCAUUUAUUAUGUAAUGAGAAACAUUCCAACUUAUGUAAUGAUGUAAUAAGUACCUCAAAGUGCUUCUACGUAAUUUUAUUUGGUAUAAUUGAAGUUUCCCAGUUUAUAAACUUAUUGUUGCUAGACUAUCUGUUACAAGUGUCAAGAAUGUUUAUUUUUUCUUCCCACAAGAACCAGUUUAUCCAUUGAAUUCUUUGAGAGCUUGAUGAUUAUUCUAUGUAUUAUACCCCAUUUAAAUCUGUUUUAAGGUUCUCACCAAAAGUUAAUGCUCAAAUUAUAUAAUUAUAAUGAGCUUUCGACGGCCUCUGACUGCUGUUGAUGCAUUUAAUCAUUUUUCUAUUUGUUAAUUUUUCAAUUGAUUCAUGAAUUUGUGUUGUUUUUAAUGCUUUGACAUAAAAAAAAUUUGCAGCAUUCAUCUAGUCAGAACUCAUGUUAAAUGGUUCUUGCAAAACGAAUAUUUUCCAUGUAAUCAUUGUACUGUUGAGAUUUCUGAUGUAAUUCAUUCAUUUUGGAGGUAGAACUGCUCACUCAAAGUCAUAUGGAACAUAUAUUCGUUUGAGUAGGUCAGGAUGCUGCUUGAAAAGGCAUAUGACCUUUCAGAGAAAUGGGGGAACAUUCCAAUUUUGGUCAUGGGUGAUUUUAAUUGCACUCCAGAAGACUGGAUAAUUGCACUUACAACCAACCAAGUUGUUGCAAGAUGCACAUUAGAUAGUGGAAUCUAUAAAUUUUUGUCAACUUCAAAGUUGAAUAUUGCCGAACAUGAUAGAAGUGGCCUAUCUGGACAAGAAAAGAAUCAGUCUGCUCCCUUUGGCCUCCUUAAAUUGCUAAAUUUUGGCUGGACAGACAAAGAGUUGAGAAAUGCGACUGGCAGUUCAAACUGCACGAUACUAAAACAUCCAUUAAAGCUCCGUAGUUCUUAUGCAACUGUAAAGGGGACAAAUCCAAGAACUAGGGGCUCCUAUGGUGAACCGUUAGCUACUACCUAUCAUGCAAAAUUUCUUGGGACAGUUGAUUAUAUAUGGUACUCUUCUGGAGUUACACUUACCAAGGUUUUGGACACAUUACCAAGUGAUGCUCUACUCAGGAUAGGUAGCCUACCUUGCAAGGACCUGGGAAGUGAUCACUUGCCACUGGUUGCCGAGUUUGCCUUCACAGAGAGUGGAAGAUCUAAGGCAGAUGAUCUACGUUUGCCGGUAAAGAAAUAUGAUAAUGAGGAAGAGUAAUAGAGCAAAUCUGGGAUGUAUUGAACUGCAAAGUCAAAUGAGGAAAUGCGGAAUUCCAGUCUUGGGGGAGGAGUCAGGUUUGUAUGGCAUAUGAUUUUCUUGGGCCAUUGUUGCUCCAUUAAAUCAUUGCGAUGGAGAAUAUCUACAACAUUAUCAGCCAUCAUUAUCAUUUUCUUUGUAUACAAAAUCAAUAAGCGUUUGUCAAUGGGAUUACAAAUCCCAGUGCUUAAAUAUUGAGUACCGUUUAAACUGUCUUCCAGAAGUGUUUGCAUCAAGUACUUCUUUAAGAAGCAUUAAUUUUUUGGUUUAAAAAAUAUAUAAAACUUUUAUUUUAAGAAA